GGGGAGACAGAUACGCAGACAGAGAGAGAGGGGCAGAGGCAGACUGGCUCAGAGACAAGCACGGAUCCCCCACCAUGAGGAACUGGCUGAUCCUAGUGUGGCUGGCUGUCGCCUUGGCAGACAACUUCACAGCUCCGGCUAACAACGAGGACACCACUGGAGACAAGGAGGGUGAGAACGCUGGUCCCACUUCUGAGCUUCUGGGCGAAAUCAGACAAGAUGACACACCCAUUCUGGAGAACAAGCCACAGCCUAAGGAAGUUUCUGAGGAGGAGGAAGAGGACAAAGCAGCUUGGGAGAGAGAAGCAGAGGACCAGAAAUUUUCACAGGAAGCUGCACAGGUGAAAUCAAGUGAAGAGGAGACCACAGGCUUCAGCCCUGAUGUGAGAACAGCAGACGAAGAGGAGGCUAACAGGACAAGCAAGCUGGGUGGGGGUCCUGAGGAAUACCUGCUGGGAGGUUGGGGUGCUGUGGAGCCAGACACCAAUAUCACGACUGAACCUGUGGAAGCAAACACCACUGAGCCAGUGCCAGCACCAGACCCCAUCUCCCCACAUGUUGUGUCCCUCAUUACGCCUCCCCGGUGCACCCUUUCCGAUGACCCAUGGAGCACCUGCGGUUCGGUCUCAUUGGAGGAUAAAGCCCGGGUGGCGAGGGCACUGACCGACUUUGCACUGAAGUUCUACAAGGCAGCAGGCCAAAUGGAGGGCAUGGGUACCAACAUGGUUUUCUCACCCCUCAAUGUGGCGCUGGGCAUCUCGCAUCUCCUGCUGGGGGCACAGGGUGACACCAGGGAGCGGCUGAGCAGUCUCCUCUCCUACCCUCCAGAUCUCCCCUGUGUCCACGGACCACUGAAGCAGCUCAUCAAAUCCAAGGCCUUGCUGACUGCCUCCCAGAUAUUCCAUCGCAAAGGCCUGCAAAUAAACAAGGCCUUUCUGAACCACUCACGACGCUUCAGUGACAGCCGGCCCCAGGCACUCAGCGGCAAUGAGACCCUGGACCUCCAGCGCAUCAACAAGUGGGUGAGCGAGAAGACCAAUGGCAAGAUCAAGAAACUGAUGGAGGAUCUGGCAACUGAUGUCCAGCUGGUAUUGCUCAGUGCCAUCUACUUGCAGUCUAAAUGGAAGACUACCUUCAAUGUGAAGGACACCCAACUGGAGAAUUUCUACCGCCAGGAUAAGAGCUCUGUCAAAGUGCCCAUGAUGACCAGCAAGAAGUACCCACUAGCUUCCUUCACUGAUUCCAGCCUGCAGGCCAAGCUUGGCCGGCUGCAGCUGUCCAACAAUAUGAGUCUGGUGAUCAUCAUUCCCCAGCGCUUCAGCCAGAUACUUGCUGAUGUGGAGGAGAAGCUGAACACAGAACUCUUCUCAGCUGUGAUGGACAAACUCAUGGGCAUCCCGUUCAAGCCCACUGUACUGACCAUGCCCAAAUUCAAGCUAGACUCUUCCCAGGACCUUAUGGCCAUCCUAGGGGAAAUAGACUACGGCCUCUUCUUCGAUGCCAACCUGUGUGGCAUCUCAGAGGAUGAGGAGCUGGCGGUGUCAGCUGUGCAGCACCGGGCCGUGCUGGAGCUCAGCGAGGCAGGGGUGGAGGCUGCGGCUGCCAUGGCUAUCUCGGUGGCCCGCAGUGCCUUGUUCUUUGAGGUGCAGCAGCCCUUCCUGUUCCUGGUGUGGAACGACCAGCAUGGGUUCCCCAUCUUCAUGGGCCGGGUGAACGACCCCAGUGCAUGAGCCUGCCCUCUCUGUCCAUCAUGCUUUGGGCACCCAUGUGGCAUGCACCAGGGCAUGGGCACUCUACAUGGUGGCUUGUGCAGAGUAGAACCUGGCUGGCAGGAGGAGUAUCUGUUUGUCUGUCUAUCCCUCCUUUCUCCAUCUAUUCCAGUUCAUAGCAUCCAUCUAUUUACCUAACCAGCUAUCUGGGAGGGAGUUUGACCUAGCGGUGAGAGUACUGGGCUGGGACUCAAAGUACCUAGGUUCUGUUCCCAGGUCUGUCACUUAUCUGUGCAAAUCACUGUACCUUUGCAUGCUCAAUUUCUCCAGCUGCAUUAUGGGGUGACACAAAUUGUCAUCAACAAAGAGUAAAAAUUGUGACUUGUCACUAUUGAUCUGCCAGUUCCAUGUUCCCUGUUUCUGAGACCCUAGAUUCUCCCCCAUGCACAUACCUUGUUUCACUCUCUGCUCAACCAGCAUUUUUCAGCUCAGGCCUACCAAAUACGCACAGAUCAGGAUCCACCCCCCACCCCCCAGCUGUAUUCCCCCAACAUCAGCCUUCACCUCUUGUUUUUCCCUUUUCCCCCCCCUACCCCUAGACCUGCCACCAGUGAAUAAAUUUGAAUCUAUAAGCUU